CUAGUCUAUAGUUCAAUGUUGUCAUAAAUUGGAAAAUGGCCGCGAAACAGAGUUCAAUGGAACAAGAAGGGCAAGCAGCACCCGACGAUAUUCCUCUGGCGUCCCUCGAGGAAAGCCUUUUAAGCCUAGAAAAGCUUGAUCGUGCAUCACCAGAGCUAUGGCCUGAACAAAUGCCUGGAGUGUCCGAAUUCGCACCGCUUCAGAACCCAAACCAGUCACCUCCCGCUUGGAGCAGAGGACUCACAAAAGAAGACGUGGUUGUAAUGCAACAACUGGCAGCUCUUUCAACUAGUGGCCUUAUAAUGGAAGUGAAAAAACUGCAUGACAUGGCAUAUCAACUGGGACUAGAAGAGGCUAAGGAAAUGACAAGAGGGAAAUAUCUGAAUAUAUUUGCAAGAAGAAAUCGAUAGACCGCUAGUGUAAUUUACUUAGCAGUUAUUCAGGUUAGUCAAUAAGUUGUAGUCUGUUACUUGUUAAUAUCUUUCAGGUUUAUGUUCAUUGUUGUAGACUCCUUUUAUUUA